AUGCCCAAUGAACUGGAACAGCUGGAGCGGCGGGGACGCGGGGCGCAGCGGGCCCCCCCACCCCCGCGCCAUGGACCCCCACGCCCGCCUCCCAGGGGCCGCUACGUGGGUGGAGGCAGAGACCGCAGGACUCGGCGCGGCCUCCGGGAGCCCUGUCCUGACCCGAGGCCGCCCCCUGGAGGCCAGAGCCUCCCAGCGGGCACGUUCCUUGGCUUGAAGCUCCCCUUAAGUCUGACCUCUGGCCGGGGCGCCCCCGAGAGCCCCUCCCCCCCCUCCCCCACCUCCCCACCUCUCGCCAGCAUCCACGACUGUAGGUCUCCGAAUCAGACCGGGCGCCUCCUGGUGAAUACAGGAGAAGGAGCAGCCCGGAGAGCAGAUCUGAAUCCGCCAGGAUCCGGCCUCUUGUCUCGGACUCCCCCGCUCCCCUGGCUGACACGUGCACACCUUGGGCACACACGACACGCGCUCACACACCGCCACCUGUGCCUGCUCGCGCACGUGUCCACAGCGCCCUUCCUGGAACCGAGGGCCCACGCAGGUGACCUCCCGGGGCUGCUCACGGGCUCGCGGGAGCUGCCCGUCCUUCCCUCCUCCUUGGUGCCCCACUCCGCCAUCUCCCUCUGUCACACCUGUUUCUGGGUCUGCACCCCAUCCCUGCGGCUCCCGAAGGCAGGCCCACAGGGGCCUCCCUGCAGUGUGCGGGGUGCAGCAACAGCAUGA